AUGUCUCCCGCACACGGUCACUGCGAUGCGGCCUUUCAGCCCCUCCGCGAUCUGUUCGAUCAGUUGCUGAGUAAUGAAAGUGAGCUCGGCGCAUCGAUUUGCGUUAACAUUGACGGACGAAACGUCGUGGAUCUCUGGGGAGGCUAUUCCAAUGAAGAGCGGACAAAGGCCUGGGAACAAGACACCAUCACGACCAUCUGGUCGACCACCAAGGUCAUUACCGCCCUUGCAGCUAAUAUCCUCAUCGAGCGUGGUCUUCUAGAUCCCAGCAAGAAGGUGUCUACAUACUGGCCCGAGUUCGCCGCAAACGGCAAGGAGAAUGUUCUAGUAUCGCAUGUCCUGAGCCAUUCCUCUGGACUACCCUCUUGGGAGUCGCCGAAUACCAUAAAAGACAUCUACAAUGCUGAGAAAGCCGCGGAGAAGAUAGCUGCGCAGGCACCAUGGUGGACCCCAGGCGAGCAGUUGGGCUACCACCUUGUCACCCAGGGCUGUCUCGUCGGGGAACUGGUUCGCCGCACUACCGGCCAGUCUCUUGCUCAGUUCAUCGCCGACGAAAUCACGGAGCCUUUAGGCGCCGACUACAGACUUGGGGUUCCAGAACCCGAGUGGCCGCGUACGGCAGAUAUCAUCCCUCCGCCUCCGCCCGAACCAACCCCCGCGUUAGACCCGGAGAGCGUAGCGGCCAAGGCCUACGCCGGUGUACCAAUACCAGCCGACGCAGUCAUGACAGCAUCCUUCCGCAACGCCGAACUGGGAGCCAGCAACGCAUUUACCAACGCGCGGGCCCUUGCCCGAAUUGCAUCAAUCGUUGCGCUUGGAGGCACUGUCGACGGGAAACAGUACCUCUCCCCGGCAGCCAUUGAUCAGAUGCUCCAGGAGCAAAUCCGCGGUCAGGACCAGGUCUUAUUUGUGAACCUACGAUGGGGACUUGGGGUGGGGUUACCUGUGCCGGAGACCGUGCCCUGGCUUCCGUCUAACAGCCGGCUAUGUUUCUGGGGCGGCUGGGGGGGAUCAGUGAUGAUCAUGGAUCUAGACCGUCGGAUGUCAAUUGCUCUUAAAGUGAAUCGGAUGUUUGAGAGCCGGACAUCCGAUGCUGGAGAGAAUGCAGUCGGCUUACUAAGUGGUGGUUUCUUUGUAGACACAGCUGGGCCGGGGUUUUCCUCAACUCGAUCGAGUUACUACGACGCAAUCAUGCAGAUCAUCAAGAGCCUCUGGGUGCAGACAUUCCCCUCCAAGCCCACCCUAACAGCCGCCACACUCCCUCCGCAAACUGGCAAAGUCAUCAUCAUCACUGGCGCCACCUCAGGCCUAGGCUUCGAGCUCGCCCGCAUCCUCUACAAGUCCGGCGCAACAGUCUAUAUCGGCGCACGCAACGAGUCCAAAGCCAAAGCCACAAUCGAGACCAUCACCGCCAGCGCAAGCUCAACCGCACUAGCCGCCUCCGCAGGCAAACUCCACUUCCUCCCCCUCGACCUCGCUGACCUCCGCACAAUCAAGCCCUUUGUGGAAUCCUUCCUCUCCCGCGAAUCCCGCCUCGACAUCCUCUUCAAUAACGCCGGCGUCGCCAGCAUCCCAUUGUCCAACCGGACGGCGCAAAACCUCGAACCACACCUCGGCACGAACUGCGCGGGCCCAUACCUCCUCACUCAACUCCUCUCACCGAUCCUCGUCUCCACAGCCCAGAAGCACUCCACAGCGCCCAAUACCGUCCGCGUUGUUUGGAGCAGCAGUAUGCUCGUUGACGCGCUGGCCCCACGCUCGGGAAUCCGGCCGUCCGAUCUCGAUCCCCCUAGCCCGAACAUGAACCUGAACUACGCGCUUAGCAAAACGGGGAAUUGGUUCCUUGCGGAUCGGCUUGCUAAACAAUUAGGCGAAAGGGGCGUUGUGAGCAUCACACAGAACCCCGGGAACAUCUACACACCAAUCUUCGACAAUGCACCGCGGUUGACGGUGUGGCUUUCCAAGCCGAUUUAUUAUAAGCCGGAGCAGGGAGUUAAUACGAUGCUCUGGGCGGGAUUUAGCGAUGGGGUUACGGUGGAACGUGGGGGUGGUUAUGUCAUUCCGUUUGGGCGGUGGCAUCCGUAUCCUAGGAAAGAUCUGCUGGAGGCGAUUAUGGAUAAGGAGGAAGAUGGAAAUGAGGCGGAGAAUAGAGGGAGGGGGUAUGCAAAGGCUUUUGAGGAGUGGUGUGAUUUGGUUACGAGGGAGUUUCGUUGA